UAUCAGUCAUACAGAAUGGCUCGCACUAAGCAAACAGCCCGCAAGUCCACGGGAGGCAAGGCUCCUCGAAAGCAGCUGGCUACGAAGGCAGCCCGCAAGUCUGCACCUGCCACUGGAGGUGUCAAGAAGCCUCAUCGUUACAGGCCUGGUACCGUUGCUCUACGUGAGAUCCGUCGCUACCAGAAGAGCACUGAGCUGCUCAUCAGGAAACUUCCAUUCCAGCGACUUGUACGUGAGAUUGCUCAAGAUUUCAAGACUGACCUGCGAUUCCAGUCGUCAGCUGUCAUGGCUUUACAAGAGGCCUCUGAGGCUUACUUAGUUGGUCUCUUUGAAGAUACUAACUUGUGUGCCAUCCAUGCUAAGCGUGUUACCAUCAUGCCUAAGGACAUUCAGUUAGCUCGCCGCAUCCGUGGAGAACGUGCUUAGGUCCCAACCUACGUAUACAUACAAACAGGCCCUUAUUAGGGCCACAAGAUAAUGUUAUUAAGAGAUGAUAUAGACU